GUGGAGAGGAGGACGACACCCGCCACCGCGCCGCGAUCCCGCAUUUGUUUUUUUUUUUUUUUUAUUUAUUUUUUUUCGCAUUUUCGCUCAUUAACCGCUUACCGCCGCACGGUCGUCGCUGUGCGUGUGUACGAUUUUUUCUCGUCGCGCGCGUGCGUGAGCGUGUGUGAGCGUGUUGGGCUCUGAGCGAGUCUAUGUGUGGUGUGCGCGCACGACAACGACGCGUUACGGUUUUCGCAAACGAGAUAUUCGCGCGACGGCGUUCAGACGUGUCGCUGCUGCCGGCUGACUUCUGACGACCGUGUGUGUGUGUGUGUGUGUGGACCGGCGUUUUGCGUGUUGACAACGAAAAUUCGUAUACCGACUCGGGGUACCCGUCCGAUCGGCCGCUACGGAGAUUCUAUAUUAGAUCGCGUUCCAACAUUAUAUAAGACGAAUACACGCGCAGGACGUACGUGUACUUAACCGGCAUCCGCGACGACUGCGACACGACCCAGAGAAAAAUAUUGCUAUCGGUUCAUAAGUUAUCACUAAGCACCACUGCAGCGGAAGCAGUAGGAGCUACUGCCGCCACUGGCGGUAAGUUUGCCGACGUCGUUUGUCUGUCGUGUCGUUAACGACAAAAGCAACCACGACGGCCGCCAUUACCAUUAUCAAAACGACGGUCGCCGCUAAGACGACCGCCGCCUCCAUCAACACCAUUCUAUCAAAACGUAGACGACCACGAAGUUCAUUGUUAUACUUCAAAUGAUUUUGUGACUAGACUCGAAACGGACAAAAAAAGGCGAACGUGACGCAAUUUAGUCGGACGAUAGACAGUCCUCAUCUUCAAUUUUUUACGCUUUUUGAUCCAAAGUUAGUUGUCUAAUCACACAACUACCUCAAAACAGAUAAAAUGGCCACAAUAGACGGGCGACCUGCCCAAUAUGGGGUUACAUUGAAGCAGUUACGUGAACUUAUGGAACAUAGAGGCCGUGAAGGUAUCGCUAAACUGAACGAACUGGGUGGCGUUCAGGAUGUUUGUAAAAAGCUGUAUACAUCACCCAGUGAAGGAUUAAGUGGCUCUACAGCCGAUCUGGAGCACAGAAAAGAGACGUUCUCCUCAAAUACUAUACCUCCUAAACCCCCUAAGACGUUCAUGCAACUUGUCUGGGAAGCUUUGCAGGAUGUUACCUUAAUUAUUUUAGAAAUUGCUGCUCUUGUGUCAUUGGGAUUAUCACUUUACAAACCUGCAGACGAAGAAUCAAUGAGUGCAGAAGACGACGAAGCAAAACACGGGUGGAUUGAAGGAUUAGCUAUAUUAAUAUCCGUUAUAGUGGUCGUUAUUGUAACAGCGUUUAAUGAUUAUACGAAAGAAAGACAGUUCCGUGGUCUUCAAAAUCGUAUCGAAGGUGAACAUAGAUUUAAUGUCAUUAGGCAGGGCGAACUGCGACAAAUUUCCGUAGGAGAAAUAGUAGUUGGUGACAUUUGCCAGAUUAAAUAUGGAGAUUUGCUACCAGCUGAUGGUGUGCUAAUUCAAAGUAAUGAUUUGAAAGUUGAUGAAUCUUCUUUAACUGGCGAGUCAGACCAUGUAAAAAAAGGAGAAGCAUUCGAUCCCAUGGUCCUGUCAGGAACCCAUGUAAUGGAAGGCAGUGGAAAAAUGUUAGUCACUGCGGUUGGUAUAAAUUCUCAAGCUGGAAUAAUAUUCACUCUCUUGGGAGCAGCAGUAGAUCAACAGGAGGAAGAAAUUAAGAAACAACGGAAAGAAGCCAAAAAACUUAAGACAAAGAAGAGUUUAACUGAUGAAGUUCCACCUACCAUUAAUAGCCAUGCCACUGAUAUCGGUAUGAAACAAAUGGAUAAGGGAGGUGAAACAGAUGAUGACGCUGCUGGAGGUGGAGGACAAUCUGGUGAAUCAGAAGAACCAGCAAAAAAAGAUAAGUCCGUAUUGCAAGCUAAACUCACAAAGUUGGCUAUUCAAAUUGGAUAUGCUGGAUCAACAAUUGCCGUACUCACCGUGCUUAUAUUAGUAAUUCAAUUUUGUAUCCAUACAUUUGUUAUACAACAAAAACAGUGGAAAAAUCAUUAUGCUGGCGAAUUUGUUCGCCACCUCAUUAUUGGUGUCACAGUCCUUGUAGUAGCAGUUCCUGAAGGACUUCCUCUUGCUGUUACUUUGUCUUUAGCAUACUCAGUCAAGAAAAUGAUGAAAGAUAACAAUUUGGUAAGACAUUUGGAUGCUUGCGAAACUAUGGGUAAUGCCACUGCCAUUUGUUCUGAUAAGACCGGUACUCUAACCACCAACCGAAUGACAGUUGUCCAGUCUUAUAUCUGUGAAGUUCUCAGUAAAACAAUGCCUCAAUUUGCAUCAAUACCAUCGAAUGUUGGAAAUCUAUUAGUACAAGCAAUAUCUAUUAAUUCAGCGUAUACGUCUAAAAUUAUGCCACCCGACGAUCCUACCAGUGAACUACCUAAACAAGUCGGUAACAAAACUGAGUGUGCACUUCUAGGCUUUAUUCUUGCUCUUGGAAAAAAUUAUCAAACAUGGCGUGACGAUAUCCCUGAAGAAAUGUUGACACGUGUGUAUACAUUUAAUUCUGUACGGAAGUCCAUGAGUACUGUCAUUCCAAGAGAAGGCGGUGGCUACAGAUUAUUUACUAAAGGCGCAUCUGAAAUUGUACUAAAAAAAUGUUCAUAUAUCUACGGUCGCGAUGGGCGAUUAGAGAAAUUUACACGUGAAAUGCAAGAUCGUUUAGUGAGAAAUGUUAUUGAACCAAUGGCUUCUGAUGGUCUGCGUACCAUUUCUGUAGCAUACAAAGAUUUCAUACCAGGAAAAACCGAUUCACCUAACCAAGUGCAUUAUGAAGGCGAACCAGAUUGGGAUUCUGAAGAUAGUAUAGUAUGCGACCUCACUGCAUUGUGUGUAGUAGGAAUUGAAGAUCCCGUCCGACCGGAGGUGCCUGAAGCUAUCAGAAAAUGUCAGCGAGCUGGUAUUACUGUACGUAUGGUUACCGGAGAUAAUGUGAACACAGCCCGAUCAAUUGCCACCAAGUGUGGUAUAUUUAAACCUGGUGAAGAUUGGCUUGUAUUAGAAGGCAAAGAAUUUAAUCAACGAAUUCGUGAUGCUAAUGGCGAGGUUCAACAGCAUUUAUUGGAUAAAGUGUGGCCAAAAUUGAGGGUAUUGGCUAGGUCUUCACCAACUGAUAAGUACACACUGGUUAAGGGUAUAAUUGACAGUAAAGUGAGUGAAAGUCGUGAGGUAGUAGCAGUAACUGGUGACGGUACCAAUGAUGGUCCUGCAUUGAAAAAAGCUGACGUUGGAUUUGCCAUGGGUAUUGCCGGAACAGAUGUAGCUAAAGAAGCUUCAGAUAUUAUAUUGACAGAUGACAACUUCAGUAGUAUUGUUAAAGCAGUGAUGUGGGGUCGUAAUGUGUACGACAGUAUUGCUAAAUUUUUACAGUUCCAGUUGACUGUGAAUGUGGUAGCCGUUAUUGUAGCAUUUAUUGGAGCAUGUGCCGUCCAAGACAGUCCGCUAAAGGCCGUUCAAAUGUUGUGGGUGAACUUGAUUAUGGACACUCUAGCCUCAUUGGCGUUAGCUACGGAAUUGCCCACGUCCGACUUGCUGUUGCGUAAACCGUAUGGGCGUACGAAGCCUUUGAUAUCGCGCACCAUGAUGAAGAACAUCAUCGGCCAGGCCAUCUACCAACUGACCGUUAUCUUCUCAUUAUUGUUUGCCGGCGACAAAAUGCUAGACAUACCAACCGGUCGAGGAGCCGAAUUCGGUUCGGAGCCAACACAACAUUUCACUGUCAUCUUCAACACAUUCGUCAUGAUGACACUUUUCAACGAGAUCAACGCGCGUAAGAUCCACGGCCAACGCAACGUUUUCCAGGGAUUCUUCACCAACCCGAUAUUCUACAGCAUAUGGAUCGGCACCGUGUUGUCGCAAGUGUUCAUCAUCCAAUACGGAAAAGACGCGUUCAGCACUAAGAGCCUCACUCUGGAACAGUGGAUGUGGUGCUUAUUGUUCGGGUUUGGCACCUUACUGUGGGGUCAGAUAGUCACCACCGUGCCUACCCGCAAAAUCCCGAAACUUCUAUCAUGGGGACGUGGCCAUCCAGAGGAGUACACCAACGCUAUAAACCUAGGUGAAGACAACAGAUAUGAUCCCGAUUCCGGGCAAAAGCCGCGGGCCGGCCAGAUCCUGUGGAUCCGUGGACUGACCAGGCUACAGACUCAGGUGAUAGGCGGUGAAUUGCAAGAACGUUUGAUUCCGGUCCCAUACAGCAAGAGCUCCACUGACCAAGCUAUACGAGUGGUUAACGCUUUCCGGCAGGGUCUGGACGCACGUUACGGCGAGUCGCUGGCCGAAGUUUUGCGCAAACAACCGUGCUUCAGCAAGAGACUGUCCGCGGCGACAGGCGGCGGCGGUUCGUCGUCCAACACCGGCGGCGGAGGCGGCGGCACCGGCACAGGUGGAUCCAUCGAAUACGCCGACAGCGACAACGCGAUCAGCGUGCCCCACAUCGACGUCGAACGUCUGUCGUCACACAGCCACACGGAAACGGCCGUGUAAAUCAUUUUUAUUACUAAUUAUUAUUAUUAUCAUUAUUAUUAUUAUUAUUUUACAUUUUCUUUUCGUCGUGCGAAAAAUACGACAUUUAUACUUUAUAUAUAAACGUUAUAUAUCGAUUCGUUCGUUUACCCCCCUUUCGUACCAAAUCACACACGAGCUUUUUAUCGUUUCAUGUAGUGAGUUAUUCGUUUUUCAUUAUUCAAAAUUCGGUACAUAAUAUCAUAUAUAUGUAUAUACGUGUAUAUGUGUAUUUACCGUUCAACAAUUAACUCUCGUUAUCAUUAUUUUUUAUUUUUAUCUAAAUAAUUUUAUGAUUGACUAGCCUUCCUCGUCCUGUCGCGCGCGGUAGACCAACUCACCAUAAAUUUUUUUCGUUUCACUCCCAAAUAUUACAAAUAAUAAUAGCAAUAGACAAAAAAAAGCGAAUCCCCCUCCCCCCCGAACCGAGUACGCCAACAAACAUCAACGUUGUUUAAUAUUCACGUCACCUAUAUUUAUAUAAUACGAUAGUAUAGUAAUAUGCGUGCUGUAUAAUGUAUAUUCAUUAUGAAAUAAUACGUAUUGCUAAUAUUUUAAUUUCAACUAAAAACUCGUUACGUGCCUUAUACAAACAACAAUAGUUUAUAAUAUUAUUGAAAUAUUGAACGUACUACGUACAUUUAUUAUUAUAUACACGUAUUAUAUUAUUAUUAUUGUCACGUUAUAUAUUAUAUUUGCCGCGCGUCGUUAAAAUAUUGGACCGGCGUGGGAGGGUUAGCUUUUAUCGUGAGCGUGAAUAAUAAACAAUUUAAUUUAAUCAAACCAAUUAUUUUAACCAUUCCGACUUGUCCGUUCAUCGUUAUUAUUAAUUCUGUUUAUUCUAUUAUUAUUGUCAAGCGUUUUUGAGCUCUCCCGUGUGUACAUCCCAAAGUACAAAAUAUUACAAAAAAUGAACCAAAUGCCGUAUACGGUGAUGUAAUUUUAAUAUUUUACUCUUUUUUCUCCGCACCCUUCUUGACUAAAUUCUACUCUAUAUGAUAAUAUAUAUUACGAUAAGUGUGUUGUGUGUGUUCCUUUCGCUAAUUUUCGUAAAUAGCAUUACCUAAGCAUCGUUAAAAAAAAAAAUUAAUAAUAAUAAUAAUAACAGUAAUAAUGAUAUCAAUAAUAACUGACUUCGGAAUACGAUUUAUAUAAUAUAAAUGCUAUAUAUAUAUAUUAUACUGCCGCCGACGUUGCAUUUAUCAUAAAUACUAAACAUUUUUUAUUGUCAACGCAUUGUAGGAACUCUCGGAAUGUGUUCUCUUAAAUCCAUAAAUAAACCUACUACUAUAUUAUACUGUUAAUACGCAAAUUUAUCGCAUAUACUUAUAUAAUACCGAAAACUUGUAUACAUAAUAUUAUAUUAUACCUAUCAAUAAAUUUAUUUCGUUGGUAAUAAUAAAAAUAAAACAAUAAUAUUUUAGACGUGUUUCGAUCAAACAUAAAAAAAAGUUUAAAAAAAUUAGUUUUGUAGUUUUAAUUUAAUUUUUUUUUUAUAUACUUAACGUAAUAUUAUUUGUUUUGUGUACAUAUAUAUAAUAAUAUAGUUUUUACUUUAUUUUUUUUUCAAAAUCAUUUUAAUUAAUAUUCGAUUAAAAUAUUAUUAUACCUAUGUUUUCGUUAAGCGUAAUAUGUAUAUAUUAAUACUUUUGAUAUGAUAUAUUAUUGUUAUUUCACGUGUAGUUUAUUUUAUUAGCAACACGGAGUCGGAAACGAGCCAUACGACGCUUUUCGUAUUAAUAAUAAUAAAAAAAUUUAAAAAAAUACUCCAGAAUGAUAAUGUAAAUUUAAUGUAUAGGCGUGUAUACACAAUAACAUUACAUAAUGUACUCUAAUAUUAUAAUAAUAUAUAAUGUUAUAGGUGUCUCGUCAUAAAUAUAUAUAUAUAUAUAUAUAUAUGUAUAGUUGUGUGUGUAUAUAGCGUAUAUGUAUAGUGUUAAGUAGUAAGUAUUGAAAUUAAUCGGCUCAACUUUUACCCACGUGGUUCUCAUAUUAUAUUAUAUUAUAUUAAUAUUUAGAUAUAUAACGUAUAAAUAGAUAUAUAUAAUAGAUAUAUUUUACUUGUGUGCCGUCGACGGUCCGAUCUAAUUUUUCUCAUCUUCCCGCUAAUUUUUUUUUGCGUUUCCAAGGUCGCCAAAACGAAAUAAUUUCAUCUUCGUGUUUGUUAUGGGGAUGGGAGGAGAUAGCCCUAGAACGUAUCGAUUCAGAUAAUCAUAUAUGAUUAUUGAUUAUGGAUACAUCUUAAAGUGUAGCUGUCCCGUCCUGUUGUUACGUAUUUUACGGUCGAUGAGAAGACUUUUUUAUUUAUGCAUGACUAUUAUAUUAUAUUAUAAUAUACACAUUCGAAUUCAGUUUAUUCGCCAUCGCUUCCCUAUAACAAAUAAUAAAUUAUCGACAUUAGUGGUUGGGUUUGGGGGGAGCAUGGAGUAACCGGGUGAGAAAAUGAAAGUAAUAUACUUAAACAAUGACAAUGUCAUCCGAGUUGGCAAGUCAUUAAUUUUCGAUUUACGGAUUCAUAAAUUGAGAAAAACCGUUUGAAAAAAAUGCUGGAAUUAUUAUUACCAUUUCUACGAUAAUAUCCAUCAUAUUAUUAUACUGUGUUUUGCACUGCUUGAUUUUGAUAGAUUUACCAAAAAUAUUUAAACCGACGACUGUCGAUCGUGUCGCGUUUGAGUCUCGGGCUAUUAACAAAAUUAUAACGCAAUUGUUAGAACUUACCAGCCAUCGGCUACUGUGUUGAACAGAUCUAGGUAUACCGAUAUUAUAUAAUAUACAAUAUAUACACACACAACGUCAACGUUUUACCGUUGUUGGUGCCAUGUUAAUUGUUUCGGGUCCGUAACUAUAUAUAUAUAUACACAAUAUACAUAUAUUAUAUAUAUACUUAAUAUUACCUUAUGUAUUGUUAUAACCGUAGUUUAAUUACUAUUAAUUUUGUUUUUUUUUUGUUUUCGCAUAUCCAUGAUAAUACUAUUAUACUGCUGGAACAUUCUGGAGUAUUGCGUUCGCCUUAUUAUACUUAAAUACAAUAUUAAUUACACGUAUGGUUUUAAUAAUUAAUUAAUUAAUUUAAUAUCGUAUAUUAUAUAUAAGUAAAUAUUUAUUAUUAUGCAGUAGCAACGUACUCGUUGGAAGCUAUAAUAAGUAUAUAUAUUUAAGUGCGCCAAAAUAUAUAAUAUGUACUUUGUAGACGGCCCAAAUGGAUGUCAAAAUGUCAAAAUAAAAUGCAAUUUAAAUUUUGUA